AUGAGGCAGAUUGUCGCAGCAUUGGCGGCGACACGGCAGGGUAUAGCAGGGGUCCCAGCCAGGGUCCCAACCAGGGGCGUUUUCAAUGGGCAUUUCGACAUCCAGCAGAGGCGCUUGGCAAAAACUCAGGGCGUGUCACUGCGAAUCAUGGCUCUUGCACCGCUUGGCCGCCGUCUAAUUCGGGCCGCAGGCCCAGUCGAGAGGCCGAUUGUUUUCCUCGAGCCGCAGAGGGGUCGUUUCAUGUUCCUGCAAUGGCCUGCUCCCGCCGUUUGUGCCUGUGGAAAGCCGACCUCGUGCUCGACAGCUCCCAUUCCUGCCCCUGUUCCUGGUGCCCAGCCCACGUGGUCUGGCCCCAGUGCCCCAGCACCAAGCGCCCUCCCCAGAAGCGCCCACGGUCAAUCGAGCCGUCCCCGCCCGCCUCCAAGCGCCCUGUAUUUUUGGCAGCCGCCGUUGAUCCAUGGCCAGUCGUUGCCGCGAUAA